AUGAAAAACAAGAUGAGCUUUCUUCCACAAGAAGGAGAAGCGUGUCCUUCCAGAUGCCCGGAUAACAGUGCAUUCAAACAACAGAGACUACCAGCUUGGAAGCCCCAGCUUACCAUUGCGGCUGUGCUCUCCACCUUCUUUCUCACAGGCAUGUUCUGCCUCUCUGUGGGAGUCUGCCUCAUACUGUCUGCAAACAGCGUCAGAGAUUUCCAGAUUGAUUAUUCAGAUAAAUGCUCAGAUUGUUCAAAACUCCGUGAAAAUUCCUCUAAUUGGAAUAAGGAGUGCCACUGUUCUGUUAAUUUCACACUAAACGAAGAUAUAUUGGGUGAUGUUUUCAUGUACUAUGGGCUCCAAAACUUCUACCAAAACCACCGUCGAUAUGUGAUAUCAAGAAGUGAUGCACAGUUGUUGGGUCGAAACGUAAAU